GGCCCAGUCUCCCAGCCCCGCCCAGGAGCUGGCUGGCGCCCCUCGGUCUGCGUCGGGAGGCGGGGCCCAGCGGACACUGCUACUCGCCUGCAGCCGUCGGGGUCGGCUCGUGCUCCGCAGAGCCCACCAAGAUGUCCGCGCUGAGGGUCACCCGGGUUCUUCGAAGCAUUGCUCAAUGUGGCUGGAGAUCACAAUCUAGUCAAGCUGCUGAAGCGUCACAUCACAUUAAAUCUGGAGCUGGCUUUAGUUUUGUUUGUUUUCUAGAGCUCAGUGAUGAACAGAGAGAGUUUCAAGCUACUGCUCGUAAAUUUGCUAGAGAGGAAAUCAUCCCUGUUGCUGCACAGUAUGACAAAACUGGAGAGUAUCCCGUUCCCCUUAUAAAACGGGCAUGGGAACUUGGUCUGAUGAAUUCACACAUACCAGAAAGUUGUGGUGGACUGGGCCUUGGCACUUUUGAAACAUGCCUUAUUACAGAAGAAUUAGCUUAUGGAUGUACAGGGGUCCAAACUGCUAUUGAAGCGAAUUCCUUGGGACAAAUGCCAGUCAUCAUUGCAGGAAAUGAGCAACAGCAGAAGAAAUAUUUGGGGAGAAUGACUGAGGAGCCAUUGAUGUGUGCCUAUUGUGUAACAGAACCUGGAGCAGGCUCUGAUGUGGCAGGUAUAAAAACGAGAGCUGAGAAGAAAGGAGAUGAAUAUGUCAUAAAUGGUCAAAAAAUGUGGAUCACCAAUGGUGGCAAAGCUAACUGGUAUUUUCUGUUAGCUCGUUCCAAUCCUGAUCUGAAAGCUCCUGCCAGCAAAGCCUUUACUGGAUUUAUUGUGGAAGCAGACAGCCCUGGAAUCCAAAUUGGAAGAAAGGAGAUGAAUAUGGGUCAGCGCUGCUCAGAUACAAGAGGUAUUGUCUUUGAAGAUGUGAGAGUGCCCAAAGAAAAUGUUCUAACUGCUGAGGGAGUUGGUUUUAAAAUUGCUAUGGGAGCUUUUGAUAAAACCAGACCUCCAGUAGCAGCAGGUGCUGUUGGGCUAGCACAGAGAGCAUUGGAUGAAGCUACGAGGUAUGCUUUGGAAAGAAAAACCUUUGGAAAACCAAUUAUAGAGCACCAAGCAGUGUCCUUCAUGCUGGCUGAAAUGGCAAUGAAAGUGGAACUAGCUAGACUGGCUUGCCAAAGGGCUGCUUGGGAGAUUGAUGUGGGUCGCAGAAAUACUUACUUCGCAUCCAUUGCCAAGGCAUUUGCUGGUGACAUUGCAAACCAACUAGCUUCAGAUGCAGUCCAGAUUUUUGGAGGAAAUGGAUUUAAUAGUGAAUAUCCUGUAGAAAAACUAAUGAGAGAUGCCAAAAUCUAUCAGAUCUACGAAGGAACAGCUCAGAUCCAAAGGCUGAUCAUAGCACGUGAACAUGUUGCCAAGUUUAAAAGUUAAGCAAAAGCAUUGGUGUUGGCUGUCAAUUCCUUCAUAAAGGAAAAGAGGGCUUUAAUCUUUUUCUUGAAUGCAGUUUAAAAAGAAAAAAAUAAGAACCUUUCCUUCACACUUUUGUAUUAUGUACUUUCUUAAACAUUACUUUUAUACCUUUUUUCCCCCCUCCAUCCCAAUACAAAUUUGGUAUUUUCUAAAGCAUAUCUUUGGCCUCCAAUAUGUUUUUUCAAUAGUACAUUUUUUCUCCUUAGAAGGGUCCAAACUUGCACACAUUGGAGUACAUUGUAGUUUCAUCAUUGAAUUCCGUAGGAGCAGACUUGGACCUAAGCAAAGAAAUAAUAUUGAAACCUUUAAUAAAAAAGCUAUUACUCUGUUUCCUCAGAGAUCAUGUUCUGCUUCAUAUGGUCUCCAAAUCAGUAAGUUUCAAUUUCUUCUGUGUACUUACAGCUUUGAGUUCUACAAACUUGCACUUUCAGAAUAUUUAAAAUUAAGUAUAGGUGAAUGUUUAGGCCCUGCUAAAUUAUAAUACUAUGUUCUGACAUCAAAACAGGGAUUAUUGUUUUAGGAAAAUAAUAUCAGAGCAGCUGAAUUAUCACUUUAUUUUACUUUACUUGUAAAUUGUCUAUACAUGUAUGAACAAAACCUGUUUUUGUUUACAGUGGCAUAGCAUAACACGAAAUUUGGUUUACUUGUGCACCAUCUUUCAUCUUACUCAUCUGAAACCAGUGCUGAUGACAUAUUUUUCUUUUGUUCUGUCUAUUUGGAUGCAUGUACUUUACCUGCUGUGCCUUAAAAAAAAGUUAUUGUAUUGUCUACAGUUUAAAAAAAAAACAACCUCAUUCUCUUCUCUCUCCUUCCUAAAAUAAGACUUCAUUUUAUGGAUAAAUACUGUGAACAACUUUUGGGAACUAAUGCGAUGCGCAAUAGUAGUUUCAUUAACUACGUAUUUUUUUUAUAGCA